CGUGCUGGUUUCAACUUCCUGUUUACCACUUGUUCCUUGAGACAGUUCACCGAUUGCAACACUUCAACAGUCGUGUGAUUUUUGAUCAAGACUAAUAAAUACGCUUUUGAAUCGCUGCUGCUACGGAUUUAAUCGUUUUGGAACCGGUAAUACUUUUUGUCAUUACUGGGGAAGAGGAGAGCAAAUGAAUAAAUGACAGAGGAAACGUGACUAGGCCAGGAGUCCUCGCGAUUUCCUGAGUCAGGCGCCCGGAGUAUUCCUCUGCCAACAAAGGCUCAAUACCAAACAUACGAGUGAUGAGGGCAAGGACUAAAAACCAGUCAGCAUUAAUUUUUCUCCGCAAAACGUUUAGUAAUGUGUUGGAUUUAACUUUAAGUGUGGAUACUUCCUAACAUUAUUUAACUAACGUCAGCUACCUUAGCUAGACAACCAAAUCCACCACCACUAGCUUAGCCACGUAAACAAAUUACUAUACAUUCUGCUUGCCUGGCAAGUUUUACUCGGAAGGGUUUGCUAGCCUGCUGGCUGGUUAAUACAUCCUUGUUUCUAGAGGGUACCAGCACAGCGGUGCCCUGAAUUCGGGGAGAAUACCCGGCUCCGGCCCUUUCAAGCGGGCAGUCAGGAAGAAACUGGCUGGGAAGGGAUGGCCUGGUGGGUCUUCCCGUUCCCAAGGUGCUGCGGUGUUUGAGGGCGGAAGAGUUCGGAUAGAACCUACGGUGGGUCUCGGCACGAUGAUGUCUGCAUUCCCUUCCGUGUCUGGGAGUCUCACGGACUCCGGGCUAAUGAUAUCAGGCAGAAAGACUGAGGAAAUAGAGGAUUUGAUAGAUUUGUUUUCGAAGACACAGUACAGAGCGAAAGAAGUCACGCCACGGGUCGAGACGAUAGAGAAGCGUUGCUUGGAGCUCUUUGGCCGAGACUACAAGUACAGCGUCAUCCACAACGCCAACGGGGAAGUGUGUGGCCACUACCCCCGACAGAUGGUCUUCCUGGAGUAUGAAUGUACAGAGCUCCAUAAAGACGGGUUUGAGAGCACAGUCCAGAUCACCAAGCUGCAGGAUCUGGUGAACCGCAGUAAGAUGGCCCGCUGCAGAGGGAGGUUUGUCUGCCCUGUCAUCCUCUACAACGGCAAACAUAUCUGUCGAUCAUCCACUCUGGCAGGCUGGGGGGAGCUAUAUGGGCGCACAGGCUACAACUACAUCUUCUCAGGGGGGAUUGAUGACACAUGGGGGGCAGAGUCUGAGCCAGAGGUUCCAGAGGACGACAGUGCCAGCAAUGGGGACUCUCAGCUCUUUGACAAGGUGCGGGGUCUGGACAUCAAGCUGCUGCGCUACCUCUCUGUGCGCUACAUCUGUGACCUCAUGGUGGAGAACAAGAAGGUCAAGUUUGGCCUAAAUGUCACCUCGUCUGAGAAGGUGGAUAAGGCUCAACGAUAUGCAGACUUCACCCUGCUCUCUGUGCCUUACCCAGGGUGUGAGUUCUUUAAGGACUACAAAGAUAGAGACUACACCGCUGAGGGACUAGUAUUCAACUGGAAUCAGGAUUUUGUGGAUGCUCCUUUGACAAUCCCUGUGUGCUUUACCAAGAACUUGAAUAUAGACUGGAGUAAAUAUCAGUCUUGGGACCUGGUCCAGCAGACCCAGAACUACCUGAAGCUGUUGCUUCACAUCAUCAACAGCGACGACGAGAGCGGUCUCCUCGUGCACUGCAUAUCCGGUUGGGACCGGACACCUCUCUUCGUGUCCCUCCUGCGUCUCUCGCUGUGGGCAGAUGGUGCCGUCCACGCCAGUCUGGAGCCGGCUGAAAUCCUCUAUCUGACCAUCGCCUACGACUGGUUCCUCUUUGGUCAUAUGCUACCUGAUCGCCUCAGCAAAGGAGAGGAGAUUUUCUUUUUUUGCUUCAAUUUUUUGAAGCACAUUGUCUCAGAGAAGUUCUCUGCCAUGAAGAAACCGAGUCUCCACAGAAGGAAAAACUCUCAUUUCAAAGACACUGAUUUCACAGUGGACGACCUCUGCCAUUUGAAGUCCAGGGACCGGGGCAGCGUGACCAGCCUGAGCAGUGACUUCUCUCUGAUCACGGAGGACGUGGGCGGAGCCACCUGCCUCACCAACGACGCCGUGGACCUGUUUUCCGGCCAGCCCCUGGCAGCCUCCAGCUGGAGGAAGGGACACAACUCGUCCCCACAGACGGUGCUGUGGAACCGGCCCAACCCCCUGCAGGAGCGGCUGGCCCACCCCCUCAGUCAAGAAACCAAGUCCUCCAGCUCUUCCUCCUCCAACCAAUCAGAGACGGGUUUCACGCAUGCAGGCAGCAGUCCUAUGUCUGUGCCCGGGAGAAGGCUGGCGGCAGAGUACGCCCGCUCAGGCUCCUCCCUCUCCAUGGACUACGGCAGCUGGCAGAUCGUGUCGGGCUGCGGCUCCAUCCACGACCGCGGACAGUUCCUGCCAAUCCCCACCGCCACCAACGACUUUCCCCCCCCCUUUAUCUUCCAGGACGAGGGGCCCAGCGGACGCAUUUGCCCGUCCCCCUCGGAGCGUCAGGCUCGCCUGGAGACUGUGAGGGAGGUGUUCCUGGCUGCCUACAGCUCCACCGUGGGCCUCAAGUCCAGCGCGCCCAGCCCCUCCGGUGCCAUCUCAGGCCUCCUGGAGCAGUUUGCCCGUGGCGUGGGCCUCCGGGGCACCAACAGCAUCGUCUAAUCUAGGGUCAGGUCUCCCCACCCCAAAUGUGAACUCCGGGCCCGUAAUCAUUGUAUUCAUAAAGUGUCUCAGAGUAGGAAUGCUGAUAUAGGAUCAGUUUUUCCUGUUAGAUCAUAUGGACAGGAAGGCCUGAUUCUAGAUCAGCACUCCUACCGUGAGGCUCUGUGAAUAUGGGCCCUGACCCCCCCACCCCACCCCUCUCCCACUAAAUCCCGUCCUAUUGAAUUGCGGUCCACAAUCCGCAUUCAUCUCCAUCAAGGGAAGAUGCAUCUCGUAUGGACUCUAAUAAAAAUAAAAAGUGCCAAACUUUUCUACUCUAUUCAGGGGUUGAAGUGUCCUUUUAUAUUUGUUGCUUUAAAAGUGUUUUUAAUUAUUUUUUUAUAUACAUACACAUCUCAAACAUUACAUACCCUGGGUUUAUUUUGUUCUUUAAUUUCUCUUUUAAAAAUACAUCUUUUUUUAUUCAUGCAUUUCCAACUUUCUCCCUGGAGUUAUUCCUUUUUUGUUUGGCAUAUUUUUUUGUCGAUUCAGGGAGUGUCUCGGGGGGGUGGCAAUGUCAGCCACACAAUAAGAGACAGAUGACCAUUGUACUUUAACGUAUGGAGCAUUUUUCUUAUGGAUUCGGUGCUAUGAGUGUGGUCAGAGUAAAAUUGACUUGUUACAUGCAGAGCAUUCAAAGCUUAUGUGGAGUUAUUUCUUUUCUGUUUUUAAAGUAAUUAUUUUGGAUUUAACGUGCCGAUCCGUCCUAAAUCGAAGACACCACACUUCUCUGUAGUGAACGAACACUCAAAAAAAUCUGCUAUUCAGUGCCGAAUCAGAAGCUGCUAUUCAGUGCCGAAUCAGAAGCUGCUAUUCAGUGCCGAAUCAGAAGCUGCUAUUCAGUGCCGAAUCAGAAGCUGCUAUUCCGUGCCGAAUCAGAAGCUGCUAUUCAGUGCCGAAUCAGAAGCUGCUAUUCAGUGCCGAAUCAGAAGCUGCUAUUCAGUGCCGAAUCAAAAGGAAGCUUUACCCUAUAAUUGUAGUGCGUGUACUGUGGUUGUCAACAAACAGCACUAGCUAAGUGUGUCAGGGCAAUAGAAACAUGCUGUUUCUGUUUGGCAUAGAAAAGUCAUAUCAAGCUGGAUGUAGCUUAAUUCUGUAGAAUUGAAUAUGUUGAAUCCUAUCAGCCUAUUUUUGAAUUGGUUACUGGUUUUUAAUAAUUAGACUUAAGGUCUGUUAAGUCACUUUUAUGUGCAGAAAUUUAAACAAAGAAAUGUUGUGUUGUUGCCAUACAAAACAUUUUCACAUGGUCUUCUACACACCAUCAUUAGACUGGUCCCAGACCUGUUUGUGCUGUCAUGCUGACUCCUACGGUUGUGGCGUGAACAGAUCCAGGUGACACCAUUACCUGGGCUUCAGACCACAUACCAGAAGCCAGGCCUAUUAGUUGGCUGCGUUGAAAGUUCUUUAAAAGUCCUUCACAAGGUUUAGAUUUGAGCCCACUUCUGACAGCUAUUCGUAUGCUCAGUCACUUCAUCUCUCAACUUUUUUUCUCUCAGUUGUGCGACAUGAUGGCUCCGAGCCACCCUGCUAUCAGCCUUUUAUCAUUUUAUGUACUUUGUGGCUGCGUUCCAGACCGACUACCUUGCAGUCGGCUCGCAACACCUGGAUAGGUGUUAAACAUAUAAUCUUACUGCAUCAGAUCUAGCAAUCUGAAACCUGACUGUGCAGUCAAAGACAUGGCACAGAACCAUUGGUCAGUGCGAGCGGCAUGACUGCAAUGUAGUCAGCCUGGAACAUGACCUCUCUUAGUGACUUAAGCCCCUGGAGGUAGUGUGGGAGACAUCUCUUUACAAGUUUUGAAUCUAGAUCUGUCUCGUUACAAUACACAAGUAUCACUUCUGGACCUAGUUUGUCCUCAAAGUAGUAUAAAGAGGCCCUAACAUUGUUAAUAAUUAAGUCAGCUAGUUUGCUUAACAUUCACAGUAUUGUCAGACUAGCUACAUUAUCCAUAUUGAGAAGAUUGUAAUUGUCAAAAAAAUGAUUUGUUGCCAUGUUUUGGUUGAAAAGGUCAAAGCUUAGUCCGUGGUGAAACGUCUCAACUCCGUUUCCCACUUGUAAUUGCGACAUGGAGGGUCUUUCAAUUGAAAUGCCCAACUCGGAACUAGAAGAUUCCGAUAACUUCUAGCACUUGAACACUUCAUUAAUGGCCUAGUCAAAGCUCUCUUAUUGCUGCAUGAGCCAGUGGACUGGAUCAGUUCGCUGCCACUGAACAGGGAUCUCUCCCUAUCCAUCCUAUCCUCUCCAUGUUCUCAGUUCCUCUUUGAGAUCCGAAACAAGCCUUUCAGAUCAGGAAGAUGAGACUGGCCACGAUUUAAGGAUAUUGGUGCGAGAUGUUACCUUUUCUAGAGUACUCUCACUUGUCAACCAGUGUGCGGACUGAUGCAAUAUUGUACAUCUGGGUAUACCUCAAUUGUCCAUUCUCUGUCUCAUUCAAUCCUCCAACAGUAUUUUUUAUUUAACCUUUAUUUAACUAGGAAAGUCAGUUAAAAGAACAAAUUCGUAUUUACAAUGACGGCCUACACCGUCCAAACCCGGACUUCAUUGUAAGCUUAACCGGUUGCUUUCACUGUCUAAUCCUUUAAAAUCAAAAAUAAACCACUCCUCCCACCUGAAUUUGAGAGAUGUUUACUUUUUUAUUUUUUAUGAUUUAAAUUAUUUUACUACCAUCAUAUCCUGUACUAAUCAACUCUGAUAUUCAAUAUUUCUCUGGUAUGAUACAUUAUAUGUCCAUGGUAGGAUACAUUGGUGGCACUUGGUUCUAUUCCUAUAGGUCCCUGUUGGUGGCCAUAGGCAGCCCUAGAGCCCCUAGAUUGUUUACAGUUGAUCCAUACCACUCACUUCACACUGGGCACUUACCUUUUAGAAUUACACAAGCACCUCAAGCGAUUGUUCAACUCAUCCAUGUUUUUGCAUGUAAUUUCCCCAACUAAUUAAAACUAGUUGAAUAUAGUACAUUUAGUAUGAUUAUUAUUAUUUUUGUACCCCUCUUGAUUUGACUGAAAUGCUUCGUUGCACACUCAUUUUACUUCUAUUGUCUGUGUCAAUAGAUUGACAUGUUUUUAUUUUAUCAUGUUUGUUCCUUUUUAAAUUGCUCUUUAAUUGUCGCCAGUGAGGCUACAUUGAGAAAGGUGAAUUGAUCUGCAGGUGGUAAUUAUGAAUAAAGAAGAAACAAAGGUU